AAUGAAAAAAUGGGGUAAAACUAUUGCAGACAGCAAUAAUCAAUUCAAUUACAUUACAUAGCUGCCUGCAAGCACCAACCUCCUUCUACUCUCUUCUCCUCUUUUUCUCUCUCGCGCCCAAUUCACCUUCACCGAUUCACUCUCUCUCUCCCCACCUCCUCCCUAAUUUCCGUCAAAUCCUUGAUCGGAACAGACGAUCGGAAGCGAACGCCACUCCGUGCCGGAGUCUUCUAGAAGGUGGAUUGGACUUCCAUAAUUUCAAUGAAUAUUUGUUAGCUUCUUCGAAAAUAACUUGAUGGAAGACAAGGAAGAACCAAAAGAGAUAAAGAUAUCUGGUAAUGAAUUAGAUACUGAUGAAAUAAUACAGAGUGGUGUAAAACAAUUUGUUGAGAGUCCUCAUCAGGAAAAUGUAAAUUCUAGCAGCAGUUUUGGGGUUGAACUUAUAGAUGAAAAGGAAAACUUGCAAGAACAAGGUAUUGAUUCUGUAACUACAGUAAUGGAUGAGGACCAGUUUGAGCCAGUAUCUUUGACAGAUCAAGACAAGAAUGAUGAGUAUGAGGAUUCAAACCGGUCAUCUGGUUCUGAUAAUAAACAGCAAUUGUUUGGUGGAAAUGCAGAGGAUUUUCGAUAUUCAUUUGGGUCAAACUCAAUACAGAAUGAUUCUUCCCCAGUUUCUGACACACAUCAUGAUAAUCUUUCUUACAGCCCUGGUUCAGAAGGACAUUUUGGUCAUACACCCAAGCAUUUUUCCUCAUCAAUUAGUUUUGGUUCCAGUGGAUAUUCCACUGUUAAUUCUCCACCUAAGCCAAGGAAUAAACAUGAAAAGCCAAAUGUGUCUCCAGAAUUGCUGCACUUAGUUGAUUCUGCUAUUAUGGGGAAACCUGAAGGUAUGGACAAGCUAAAGAAUAUUGCAAGUGGUGUAGAAAUUUUUGAGAGUGGUGAAGAAAUGGAUAGUGUGCCCUUCUUAAUUGUAGAUUCACUUCUUGCAACAAUGGGUGGUGUUGAAAGUUUUGAAGAGGAUGAAGAUAAUAAUCCUCCUAGUGUGAUGCUGAAUUCCCGGGCUGCCAUCGUGGCAGGUGAACUUAUUCCUUGGCUUUCUUAUGCAGGUGAUACUGAUGAUGUGAUGUCACCUAGGACACGGAUGGUUAGGGGACUACUUGUGAUAUUAAGGGCUUGCACUAGAAAUCGAGCAAUGUGCUCAACAGCUGGCCUGUUAGGAGUAUUGUUGAGAACAGCAGAAAAAAUUUUCACAGUGGAUGUUGGCUUAAAUGGGCAAAUUAGGUGGGAUGGAACUCCUUUGUGCCACUGCAUACAAUAUUUAGCAGGCCAUUCUCUCAGCGUGAGUGAUCUUUAUAGAUGGUUUCAAGUCAUUACAAAAACACUUACCACAAUUUGGGCUCCACAGUUAACACUAGCAUUGGAGAAAGCCAUAAGUGGAAAGGAGUCAAUGGGACCAGCUUGCACCUUUGAGUUUGAUGGUGAAAGUUCUGGUUUGCUUGGGCCAGGUGAGAGCCGUUGGCCAUUUAUCAAUGGAUAUGCUUUUGCAACAUGGAUCUACAUUGAAUCAUUUGCUGACACAUUAAAUACAGCUACAGUUGCUGCUGCAAUUGCUGCAGCUGCAGCAGCUAGGUCGGGUAAAUCGUCAGCUAUGUCAGCUGCUGCUGCAGCUAGUGCACUUGCUGGUGAAGGUACAGCACACAUGCCGCGACUUUUCAGUUUUUUAUCUGGUGAUAAUCAGGGUAUAGAGGCUUAUUUCCAUGCUCAAUUUUUGGUUGUUGAAACUGCUAGUGGAAAGGGAAAGAAAUCUUCAUUGCAUUUUACAUAUGCUUUCAAACCGCAAUGUUGGUACUUCAUUGGUCUUGAACAUGUAGGCAAGCAUGGAAUUCUUGGGAAAGCAGAAAGGGAAGUCAGGUUAUAUGUAGAUGGAUCUUUAUAUGAAAGUCGUCCUUUUGAGUUCCCUCGAAUUUCAAAACCUCUCGCAUUUUGCUGCAUAGGAACUAACCCUCCUCCUACUAUGGCUGGUUUGCAACGCCGUCGUCGUCAAUGCCCUCUGUUUGCUGAGAUGGGUCCUGUUUACAUCUUCAAGGAACCAAUUGGCCCAGAAAGAAUGGCAUGCCUGGCUUCUAGAGGAGGGGAUAUAGUGCCUUCUUUUGGUAAUGCUGCUGGGCUACCGUGGCUAGCAACAAACGCCUAUGCGCAGAGUAAGGCAGAGGAAAGUGUGCUUUUGGAUGCAGAAAUUGGAGGUUGCCUUCACCUGCUCUAUCAUCCUAGUUUGCUUAGUGGACGUUUCUGUCCAGAUGCUUCACCUUCUGGUGCUUCAGGAAUGCAUCGACGUCCAGCUGAGGUUCUUGGGCAAGUCCAUGUUGCUGCACGAAUGCGACCUGUGGAUGCUUUGUGGGCAUUGGCCUAUGGUGGUCCCUUGUCUUUACUUCCCUUGACAAUAAGCAAUGUACAUGAGGGUACACUGGAACCUCAGCAAGAGAAUUUACCUUUGUCUUCGGCCACUGUUUCUCUUGCUGCCCCAAUAUUUAGAAUUAUAUCCACAGCUAUUCAACAUCCAGGGAACAAUGAAGAGCUGGCUCGUGGCAGAGGGCCAGAGGUUCUAUCAAAGAUUUUGAAUUAUCUUCUCCAAACUCUAUCUUUGCUUGAUGUUAGAAAGCAUGAUGGUGUAAGAGAUGAGGAACUUGUUGCUGCUGUUGUAUCCCUUUGUCAAUCUCAGAAGAUCAACCAUGCACUUAAAGUGCAACUCUUCACUACACUGCUGUUAGAUUUACAAAUUUGGAGUUUGUGUAGUUAUGGCAUACAAAAGAAGCUUUUAUCAUCACUUGCAGAUAUGGUUUUCACCGAGUCAAUGGUAAUGCGAGAUGCUAAUGCCAUUCAGAUGCUUCUUGAUGGCUGCAGAAGAUGUUAUUGGACUGUUCCUGAAAUUGGUUCGUUGAAUACUGUUUCUCUAACUGGGGCUACACGUCCAGUAGGUGAAAUCAAUGCUUUGGUUGAUGAGCUCUUGGUGGUAGUUGAACUUCUCAUAGUGGCAGCACCUCCUUCAUUGGCCUCAAAUGAUGUCCGAUGUUUACUUGGAUUCAUGGUUGACUGUCCACAACCUAAUCAGGUUGCUAGGGUGUUGCAUCUUUUCUACAGGUUGGUUGUCCAGCCAAAUACAUCUAGAGCUCACACAUUUGCGGAAGAAUUCCUAGCAUGUGGUGGCAUAGAAACUCUUCUUGUUCUGCUCCAGAGGGAAGCUAAAGCUGGAGAUAGUUGUGUUCUGGAAUCAUUGUCAAUGAAUCCUGAACCUCAAAAAUCUGAGAUUGAUAGUGGUAAUGAAAUGACAAAAGGAAGUCAGGAGGAUGAUGGGUCAAAGGACAAAAGUGAAGCCAUCAUACAAGACAAUGACCAAGGUUUUCUAUCUGUUGAUAGUGGUAGUAGCCCUGAUCCUAGUUCUCCUGAUGUUAACAGUGACAGGAUAUUUGCCUCUGAAAUUCCUUCUGCCAAGAAUUUGGGAGGCAUAAGUCUAUCCAUUAGUGCAGACAGUGCUAGAAAAAAUGUUUACAAUGUUGAUAAAAGUGAUGGCAUUGUUGUUGGGAUCAUAGGUCUCUUAGGUGCUUUAGUAGCUUCAGGACAUCUGAGAUUUGGUUCCCGUGCUGGUCCUGAUACAACAAGCAACCUUUUGGGUGUUGGACUCCAUGACAAAGGUGGUACUAUGUUUGAAGACAAGGUUUCUCUUCUACUUUAUGCUUUACAGAAGGCUUUUCAAGCAGCACCCAACAGGCUAAUGACUAACAAUGUUUACACAGCUUUGUUGGCUGCCUCGAUCAAUGCCUCUUCUGCAGAGGAUGGGCUAAACUUUUAUGAUUCUGGUCAUCGCUUUGAGCAUUCACAACUUUUAUUGGUGCUUUUGCGUUCCCUUCCAUUUGCACCUAGGCCACUACAGAGCAGAGCACUGCAGGAUCUUCUAUUUCUGGCUUGCAGUCAUCCUGAAAAUAGAAGCAGUCUGACAAGCAUGGAGGAAUGGCCUGAGUGGAUUCUGGAAGUCCUGAUCUCUAACUAUGAGGUGGGUUCAAGUAAAUUAUCCGAUUCAACAACCAUUGGAGACAUAGAAGACCUUAUUCAUAAUUUCCUUAGUAUCAUGCUAGAGCAUUCAAUGCGCCAAAAGGAUGGAUGGAAGGAUAUUGAAGCGACUAUUCAUUGUGCAGAGUGGCUUUCUAUUGUUGGUGGAUCUAGCACAAGAGAGCAGCGACUAAGACGUGAAGAAUCGUUACCUAUUUUUAAGAGGAGACUCUUAGGAGGCUUGCUGGAUUUUGCUGCUAGAGAAUUGCAGGUUCAGACUCAAAUUAUUGCUGCGGCUGCUGCUGGUGUUGCAGCUGAGGGUUUGUCACCAAAAGAUUCUAAGGCUGAAGCUGAGAAUGCUGCCCAGUUGUCUGUGGCUUUAGUAGAGAAUGCCAUUGUGAUUCUUAUGCUUGUUGAAGAUCAUUUACGACUACAGAACAAACAAUCCUCUUCUGCGCGUGCUCCAAACAGUUCGCCAUCUCCGCUUUCUGUUGUGUAUGCAACCAAUAAUCACUCAAAUCCAUUGUCGACAAUUGAUGAAUCAACAGAAGUUGUGGAUGAUCGCAGAUCACUAGAUAGUGACUCCGGGGGAGUCCCUCUAAAUGUCCUUUCUUCAAUGGCUGAUGGAAGUGGUCAGAUCCCUACUUCAGUGAUGGAAAGGCUUGCUGCAGCAGCAGCAGCUGAGCCUUACGAAUCUGUUUCUUGUGCUUUUGUGUCAUAUGGGUCCUGUGCUAAGGAUUUAGCUGAUGGCUGGAAAUAUAGGAGCCGUUUGUGGUAUGGUGUCAGCCUUUCUCCAAGUCAAGCUCCAUUUGGUGGUGGUGGGAGUGGAUGGGAUUUUUGGAAGUCUGCUCUUGAGAAAGAUGCCAAUGGAAACUGGAUUGAGCUUCCUUUGGUGAAGAAGUCGGUGGCAAUGCUCCAAGCAUUAUUGCUAGAUGAGUCUGGGCUUGGUGGUGGCCUUGGUAUAGGUGGAGGGUCAGGUACAGGAAUGGGAGGGAUGGCUGCUCUGUACCAGCUAUUAGACAGUGACCAGCCAUUCUUGUGCAUGCUUCGAAUGGUUCUUCUAUCGAUGAGAGAAGAUGAUGAUGGCGAAGAUCAUAUGCUGAUGAGAAAUACAAGUUUUGAGGAUGCAGUGUCUGAAGGAAGAAAACCACGGUCAGCACUUUUGUGGAGUGUUCUCUCACCUGUUCUCAACAUGCCAAUUUCUGAUUCUAAGAGGCAAAGAGUUUUGGUAGCAUGUUGCGUGCUUUAUUCCGAGGUAUACCAUGCUGUUAGCAGAGAUCAAAAACCUCUUCGUAAACAGUACCUUGAAGCUAUUUUACCACCAUUUGUUGCUGUAUUAAGGAGGUGGCGUCCCCUUUUGGCUGGCAUUCAUGAGCUUGCUACUGCUGAUGGUUCAAAUCCUCUUAUUGCAGAUGAUCGUGCAUUAGCUGCUGAUUCCUUGCCAAUUGAGGCCGCCCUUGCUAUGAUAUCUCCAGCCUGGGCUGCUGCUUUUGCAUCUCCACCUGCUUCAAUGGCAUUGGCUAUGGUCGCAGCUGGUACUUCAGGUGGUGAAAACCGUGCUCCUGCAACAACUUCCCAUCUUAGGCGUGAUACUUCAUUGAUGGAACGAAAACAGACUAAACUCACUACGUUUUCAAGCUUUCAAAAACCUUCAGAAGUCCCUAAUAAAACAUCACCCCUUCCAAAGGACAAAGCUUCUGCAAAAGCUGCUGCUUUGGCAGCUGCUCGUGAUCUUGAGAGAUUUGCAAAAAUUGGUUCUGGAAGAGGUCUUAGUGCUGUUGCAAUGGCCACAUCUGCACAGCGGAGGAAUGCUAGUGAUAUGGAGCGGGUUAAGAGAUGGAAUAUUUCUGAAGCAAUGGGAGUUGCCUGGAUGGAAUGUUUGCACCCCGUUGAUACAAAGGCGGUAUAUGGGAAAGACUUUAAUGCCUUUUCUUAUAAAUAUAUCGCUGUUCUUGUUGCCAGUUUUGCCCUAGCAAGGAAUAUGCAACGGUCUGAGAUUGACAGGCGUGCUUAUGUAGAUGUAAUUGCUCGGCAUCGAAUCAGUACUGGAGUCCGUGCAUGGCGCAAACUUAUUCACCAGUUAAUAGAAAUGAGAAGUCUUUUUGGGCCUUUUGCAGAUCAUUUAUACAGUUCACCUUGUGUUUUCUGGAAGCUAGAUUUAAUGGAAAGUUCUUCAAGGAUGAGAAGAUGUUUGAGGAGGAAUUACCAUGGCUCUGACCAUUUAGGUUCUGCAGCCAAUUAUGAGGACUAUUCUGGGGAGAAAAAUGACCAGCGCACUCCAAUUUUGUCGGCAGAAGCAAUCUCAUUGGAGACGGCCAAUGAAGAUGAAGAACAGGUGGAAAUUGAGAAUUUGAAUGCUAGGGUCAGUGAUGUUGAUGAUAAAGGAGACAAUCAGACUAGACUGUCUGAAACAGCUGAUCGAUCUGUUCAGGAAGCUUUAGAAUCCGGUGCUACUCAACAUGCAAGUGAUGAUGACCUUGUCGAGAGUUCUUCAGCCAUUGCACCUGGGUAUGUACCCAGUGAACUUGAUGAAAGAAUUGUUCUUGAGCUACCGUCAUCAAUGGUCCGACCACUUAAGGUCAUACGGGGAACCUUUCAAGUAACCAAUAGGAGGAUAAAUUUUAUAGUUGAUAACAGUGAGACCAGUACCACAAUGGAUGGUUCCGAUUCCAGUGUUGAGACAGGGAAACAAGAAAAAGAUCGCAGCUGGCUAAUGUCAUCUCUUCAUCAAAUUUAUAGUCGGAGAUACCUCCUUAGAAGAAGUGCUCUGGAGUUAUUUAUGGUGGACCGUUCAAACUUCUUCUUUGAUUUUGGGAAUGGCGAAGGGCGAAGAAAUGCAUAUCGCGCAAUUGUUCAAGCACGACCACCCCAUUUAAACAAUAUAUAUUUGGCUACUCAGAGGCCUGAACAACUUUUGAAGAGAAUUCAACUCAUGGAACGCUGGGCUAGGUGGGAGAUCAGCAAUUUUGAAUAUCUAAUGCAACUCAAUACACUGGCUGGGCGUAGUUAUAAUGAUAUUACCCAGUAUCCGGUUUUCCCCUGGAUUCUUUCUGAUUACAGUUCAGAGAGCUUGGAUCUUUCUAAUCCUUCUUCAUAUCGAGACCUUUCAAAGCCUGUUGGUGCACUCAACCCUGAUCGUCUGAAUAGAUUUCAAGAGAGAUAUGCUAGCUUUGAUGAUCCAGUCAUCCCCAAAUUCCAUUAUGGAUCACACUACUCAAGUGCUGGAACAGUUUUGUAUUAUCUUGUUAGGGUCGAACCGUUCACUACCCUUGCAAUCCAACUGCAAGGUGGAAAAUUUGACCAUGCAGAUCGAAUGUUUUCUGAUAUUUCUGCUACUUGGAAUGGAGUUCUUGAGGACAUGAGUGAUGUAAAGGAAUUGGUUCCUGAGCUAUUUUACCUACCUGAGGUCCUCACAAAUGAAAAUUCAAUUGAUUUUGGUACAACACAAAUGGGAGGAAAGCUUGAUACUGUAAAACUUCCUGCUUGGGCUGAAAAUCCUGUUGAUUUUAUUCAUAAGCACCGGAAGGCUCUAGAGAGCGAGUACGUAUCUGCUCAUUUGCAUGAGUGGAUUGACCUCAUAUUUGGGUAUAAGCAACGAGGCAAGGAAGCUGUUACAGCAAAUAAUGUUUUCUUUUAUACUACCUAUGAAGGGACAGUGGAUCUUGAUAAAAUCUCUGACCCAGUACAACAGCGUGCCAUACAAGAUCAGAUUGCUUAUUUUGGACAAACACCAUCCCAACUUCUGACUGUUCCUCACUUGAAGAAAAUGCCAUUAGCAGAAGUUCUGCAUUUGCAGACAAUAUUCCGCAACCCAAAAGAAGUCAAACCAUAUGCUGUUCCAUUCCCAGAACGCUGCAAUCUUCCUGCAGCUGCCAUUCAUGCAUCUUCAGAUACGGUUGUGGUUGUUGAUACAAAUGCACCAGCAGCUCAUGUAGCACAACACAAGUGGCAACCCAAUACACCUGAUGGGCAGGGUACUCCUUUCCUCUUUCAACAUAGAAAAGCUAUAUUAGCCUCUGCUGGUGGUACAAUUAUGCGCAUGUUCAAAGCACCGGCUGCAUCUGGUGGGGAGUGGCAAUUCCCCCAAGCAGUAGCAUUUGCUGUCUCUGGAAUUAGAAGCCAAGCUAUUGUUUCUAUAACAAGCAACAAAGAAGUUAUUACUGGUGGGCAUGCUGAUAAUAGCAUUAGGCUAAUAUCCUCAGAUGGAGCUAAAACAUUAGAAACAGCUUAUGGGCACUGUGCUCCUGUAACUUGCCUCGGUCUUUCACCUGAUAGUAACUACCUAGUUACAGGAUCCCGAGACACAACAGUAUUACUCUGGAGAAUACAUAGGGCACUUUCAUCUCACUCAAGUGUCGUAUCAGAACAUUCCACUGGGACAGGCACAUCGUCUUCAACCAGUAAUAGUUCAUUGCACUUAAUAGAAAAAGACCGGAGACGUCGAAUCGAGGGUCCUAUACAGGUACUUCGGGGGCACCACAGUGAAAUACUCAGUUGUUGUGUUAACUCAGAUCUUGGGAUAGUUGUUUCCUGCUCCCAUUCAUCAGAUGUUCUCUUGCACUCUAUAAGAAGGGGACGUUUAAUUAGAAGGCUCGAUGGUGUGGAGGCCCAUACUGUUUGCCUUUCCUCUGAAGGGGUUGUAAUGACCUGGAAUGAAUCACAGCAUACUUUCAGUACUUUUACACUCAAUGGUACUCCGAUUGCAAGUGCACAAUUAUCUUUCUUUUGCAGUAUUGGUUGCAUGGAAAUUUCUGUUGAUGGGACAAGUGCUUUGAUUGGCAUUAAUUCCCUUGAAAAUGGUAGAGCCUAUAAUAGCAGUCCGGAUUCACAGUCGAAUAAGUCAGGUGUUGUUGAUUUUGAUUCAGAAUCAGAAGAAACUUUUGAUAACUCCCGAAUAGAUGUACCAUCACCAUCAAUUUGCUUCCUGGAUAUGCACACUCUGGAGGUAUUUCAUGUGUUGAAGCUGGGUGAAGGGCAAGAUAUCACAGCUCUGGCUCUAAACAAGGAUAACACAAAUCUUUUGGUUUCAACUUUGGAUAAACAAUUGAUAAUCUUCACUGACCCAGCUUUAAGCUUGAAAGUGGUCGAUCAAAUGCUCAAGCUUGGCUGGGAAGGUGAUGGGCUUCAGCCUCUCAUAAAAUCAUAGCUUUUAGGGUAUACAUUAAUGGGUUACAGAUCUUCUACACAUAAUGAGUUAGGAAAAUUAGGUAGAGGUUAUGACACAUGUUUGUAAGCAUUUUGGUUGCGCCCCAAUGGUUUAGAAAUAUCUUGUGGCAUAUGUAACAUUCUAUUGUUACCACUAGAGUUAGAUUCCUUAGAUUUAGCAGAGGGUUCUUUGCUCCUCCGGUUGUGCUAUAGUGUUGAUAUUGGACAGGCUUCUGAGUUGCGACUGAGGUUUGAGCCAUUUUUGUCCCACCAUUUUUUUAUUAUAGAGAAUGAAAAUCUAAUAGCUAUUCUUUCUUGUAAUGCUGCUUGCUGCUUUUCAGACGUUGCGAUUGAUUAGAUUCUGAGCUUUGAGUCGUCAAUAUUUGUUAAUAUAUUAACCAAGUUUCAAUUGUUA